AUGGAUGGGAAUGAGACGGAGAGGGACACCUGUCCCAAUCCGUUUGGCAGGAGCGGACUAAGGCGCUCGCCGGUUAGGCAACCCGCCGAGCCGGUGAGGACGCCGGUCGAAAGUGACGAGGGCGGUGACCCCCUUGCAGAGGUUCAGCAGGCAGUCGAGGAACUCCUAAGCUCUCCGGAGCUUCAGGACCCUGAGACCCCUGCUGAACUGGCCGUCGCGAUGGCCGGGAUGGAGGACCUUGUGGAUUGCGUUAGGAAAAAAUCUAACAUCCACAAGGAAGUGCGAGAGAAGCUCGCAAAUGUGAUGGCCCUGUUUGUGAAAGCAAACAGGGCGGUGGUGAGCUUGCUCACAGCUCCGGAAUGCCGGACGAGGGCACGCGAGGACGCUGCGACUCCCCUUCGGGCAGAUACAACCCGCCCGAAGAAGGUCAGCGUCUGCGUACAAACGGAUGGCAAUACAGAGGUAGCCGGAAACGGCAAGAGGAAAAGGGGGUCACCAGGCGAGACGAGGCCAGGAGCCCCAAAAAAGCGGGCCCGGGAUCCUACGGUCCGGCAGGAUCCGGGCGAUGAUAACGAGAGUGUUGGAGAUGCGGGCGGCCAAGUUCCUGAUGCGCCAACCGGGUGGCAGACGGUUGAGCGUAAGAGGAAAAGGACCACUAAGGCCAAACCCAAACCCAAGCCCAAGCCCAAACGGGUCAGGGACAAGGGGGAGGCUUUGGUGGUAAAGGCCCCCGAAGGCACCUACGCUGACGUCCUCCGUCAAAUGAGGACGAGCGAUAGGCUGGUGGGCCUUGGAGGGGAUGUGAGGAGAAUCCGCCGAACUCGUUCCGGCGAGAUGAUCCUCGAGCUCCGACGUGGCUCCCAGAUCAAGAGCUCGGAAUAUAGCGCCCUCACGCAAGAGAUUGUGGGGGGAGCUGCAGAAAUCCGUGCCCUCAGCACCACGGUUACCGUCAGGGUGAAAGACCUUGACGAGAUAGCCACGGAUGUUGAGGUGCAGAACGGGCUGAGGGAUCUUUGUAAUAUCGGGACUGACCAGAUCUCGGUCAGGAUGCGCGACGGCCCUCCCAAAUCCGGGACACAGGUGGCCUUUGUGAAGCUUCCGGUUGCAGCAGCAAACGCCGCACUCAAGUGUGGGCGGCUAAAGGUGGGUUGGUCUAUCUGCCAGAUAGCCAUCCCCCAGCAACCGGAAAGAUGCUUCCGAUGUGUGGAAUAUGGGCACAAGUCUUUUGCGUGCAAGGGCGCUGACAGGAGCGGGUUAUGUUGGCGGUGCGGCGAAGCUGGCCAUCAGGCGGCUAGCUGCACCAAAGACGCGAAGUGUCUCCACUGCGGUGGAGGACACAGGUUGGCAUUUGAGGAAAAGUUGGACCUGGCGUUAGUAGCAGACCCGUAUCGGAGGACCACGGAUGGCAGCAAUUGGGUAACCGAUAGAGCCAAACUGGCCGCGAUAUGGGUUACAGGAAGAUAUUCCAUACAAGAGGUGGUUUCCGCUGGUGAGGAAGGCUUCGUUAUAGCCAAGGUCAACGGGAUCUUCGUCUGUAGCUGCUACGCCCCCCCGCGGUGGUCUCUGGAGAGAUUCGGCGUCAUGAUGGACAAAAUCGUCGAAGGUCUCACGGGUCGGAGCCCUGUUGUCAUAGGCGGGGACUUCAACGCGUGGGCCGUAGAAUGGGGUUGUCGCCUUACAAACCCCAGGGGACAACUUCUACUGGAAGCCCUGGCAAGGCUGGACGUUGACCUGGGGAAUGUAGGCAUUACGAGGACCUACCACAGGAAUGGGAGCGAGUCCAUCAUCGACGUCACCUUCAGCAGUCCGGGCUGGACGAGCGACUGGAGGGUAAGCGACGUGUUCACCGAUAGCGAUCACUUCGCGAUCCGUUAUCGUGUGGGCACAAGUUCGCGGGCAGGUAGAAGAGGUACGACAACAGGAGCACGUCUCUGGAAGACAACACAAUUCGACCAGAACGUCUUUGUCGAGGUGUUAAACUGGGAGCGGACCUUGGAAAACCUGUCCGCGGAAAAUCUAGCGAGGGUACUCGCACGUGCAUGCGACGCUGCGAUGACGAGAAGGGCGAAGCGGAAGGACACUCGACAACCCGUCUACUGGUGGACGGCGGAAAUCGCAGAUCUGCGUACUAGCUGCCUUCGGGCUAGGCGACAUAUGCAGAGAGCGAGGUCCCCGUCAGCGAGAGCGGAGCGAAGAGUACGCUACGCAAUGGCGAGGUCUGCCCUCUGCAGGGCAAUUAAGGCGAGUAAAAAGGCACGAUUCAGGCAACUCUGCGAGGACGCUAACGACAACCCCUGGGGCGACGCUUACAGGAUUGUCAUGGCCAAAACCCGGAGUGGAGGUGCGCCACAGGAAUCGUGUCCGAUAAAACUGCGUGAGAUCGUCAACGAGCUGUUCCCACAGCACGCGGAAGUGACAUGGCCGAGGGUCCCAUACGUCUGGGAUACGAGCGACGAGGAGAGGAUUUCACUGGAGGAACUGCGCGACAUCGCUAAGUCCCUUCAGCUGAACAAAGCUCCGGGUCCGGAUGGCAUCCCUAACGUUGCAGUGAAGGCUGCGCUUAUGGAACAUCCCGAAAUGUUCCGAGUAGGAUCCAGCUCUACACCGAAGGUGCGAACGGCCUAUCCGACAAACAGUUCGGUUUCCGGAAAGGUCGUAGCACGGUGGAUGCCAUUCGACUGGUCAUCGAAAGGGCAGAUGAAGCCAGGAGUGAGACUUGUGGAAUUCGCCGACGAUGUAGUUCUCCUGGCAUCGGGCCCGUCAACGGAAGAAGUCCAGCUACUCGCCACAGUAGCUAUUGAGAAGGUGGAAAACUGGAUGCGCUCUAAGAGCCUACGCCUAGCACACCACAAGACCGAGAUGGUGCUGAUCACUAACUUGAUUUCGGCACAAUCCGGGACGAUCGCAGUUGGAAUCGAGUCCAAACGUGCGGCUGAAAUGCUGCUGACUCGCGAGAACAUGUGGAAGUACAUUGAGGACGAAGCUCCGGCGCCGAUGACGGAUGUAUGGAAGGGAGGAGAGCGAGAGCGACGAUUGCGCUGCUCGUUGAGGAUCAGCAACAUGCUCUGA